AUUGACUGGUUGUGCCGCUCUUCCCCGUACACAACAUGGGCUCCGUCGCCCAUACCACUAAGAAAAGAGCCCCGGGAUCGUUUCUGUGUCGCAGAUCGCGUGAAUCUUUGAGUUAUUUGAGGUGUAAAAUGUGAGUUGCUGGUUUUGUGGACUCAGGACAAGAUGGCAGCAGUAUGAGAGCCCACACAUAUACAUGCUGCGACUUCAGAAUAAGUGUGUAAAAUGAUCGGAGUGCACCUGGAUAAUACCUACUGUUACUCCGUGUGAAAGGUAUGGCCUCACAAGUCUUGGUCUACCCACCACAAGUUUUUCAAACUCAGACAAGUGCCUUUUUUAGUGUGAAGAAACUCAAAGUCGAGCCCAGGAACAGUGUUUACCAUGACAGGGCGUACCCACAGACUUACUUGAAUGGUAGAACCCUUGGCAUUGCAUAUCCAACAAAACUUAAUCCAUUGUUCAAGACCCGAGAUUCUGUGGUUGACGGACACCGUAGACAGGAUAUUCCAUUGCAGACGGCUGCUGUACGAGGCAUACAGCGACAGCAUACCACUGCAGUGGCACCGCAACAAAAAGGAGGCAAAUCCUCACAGGGAAAGGAGCCGGAACAACAGGACAAAGGAAGGUGUAGCAGCAGUGGAGCUUCAGGAGCAGCUGGAGGGGGUAGGGGAGAGGGAAGCGACAGGCAAGAAGGAGGAGGUGGAGAAAAGGGUGGUGGUGGUGUUGACGAAGGUGGUGGGGGAGAGGACGAGGGUGACGGGGAAGGGUGUGGAAGUUUGGACUUGCAAGAUAGCUCUCACAGAUGCGGCUUGAAGCGUAAGAGCGAGGAGCUUGAGAACUUGGGGAGCGUCAUGCAGAUAGUGGAGGACCUGCCAAUGUUACCUGCAAUGUUGCAAUCAAACAUGGGAAACGCAACGGUUGUGGUGCCGACUGCAGUUGGUGGAGGGCCUGCAAAGCAAGGCAGAAUUUCUGGAAGUGGGGAUGGUGACUACCAGUUGGUGCAACAUGAGUUGCUCUGCUCAUUGAAGAACACCUACGAGGUAUUGGACUUCCUUGGUCGAGGUACUUUCGGUCAGGUUGUGAAGUGCUGGAAUAGGGGCACCAGUGAGAUUGUGGCGGUCAAGAUCCUAAAGAAUCACCCGUCAUAUGCACGACAGGGCCAGAUCGAGGUGGGCAUCCUGGCCCGCCUCAGCAGCGAGAACGCGGAUGAGCAUAAUCUAGUGAGAGCUUUGGAGUGUUUCCAGCAUCGAAGCCACACCUGCCUCGUGUUCGAGAUGCUGGAGCAGAACCUGUACGAUUUCCUCAAGCAGAACAAAUUCAGCCCACUACCUCUGAAGGUGAUCCGCCCAAUUCUUCAGCAGGUGGCCACGGCGCUGAAGAAGUUGAAGGCGAUGGGACUGAUCCAUGCUGACCUGAAGCCUGAAAACAUAAUGCUGGUGGACCCUGUACGGCAACCCUACCGGGUGAAAGUCAUAGACUUCGGCUCAGCCAGUCAUGUUUCCAAAGCAGUCUGUUCUACGUACCUCCAGUCACGGUACUACAGGGCUCCAGAGAUCAUUCUUGGUCUGCCGUUUUGUGAAGCCAUAGACAUGUGGUCUCUGGGAUGUGUGAUCGCUGAGUUGUUUCUGGGCUGGCCUCUCUACCCAGGAGCCAUUGAGUAUGACCAGAUUCGCUACAUCUCUCAGACACAGGGUUUGCCCGGAGAGCAGCUGUUAAACGUGGGGACGAAGACGUCUCGCUUUUUCUGUUGCGACUCCGGCUCACCAUAUGCGACCUGGAGACUGAAAUCCACAGAAGAACAUGAGACAGAGACGGGGCUCAAAUCAAAAGAAGCUAGAAAAUACAUCUUCAGUUGUUUGGAGGACAUAGCGCAUGUGAAUCUCGUGAUGAAUCUAGAAGGCUGUGAUUUGUUGGCAGAGAAGGUGGACCGUGCAGAGUUUGCAGCUUUGCUGAAGAGGAUGUUGUUGAUCGACGCAGAGGAAAGAAUCACCCCGAGUGACGCUCUCACGCAUCCCUUUGUCACCAUGCAGCACCUGCUGGACUUCCCCCACAGCAACCACGUUAAAUCGGGUUUUCACAUCAUGGAUGUGUGCUGCUCGCGCCCAGGUGGAUAUGACAGCCGGACCAAGCCUCCAUUUGUCAGAACGGUCCCAAACAGCAGCGCAGCACCCAGCCUGACCCUGCCCUUCUGCAAGAUGCCCAGCAUUCACUCUCAGGCUUUAGCCUCAUCAGCCCCAUCAGUGAUGCAUCCUGGGAUACCGCUCCAGACAGGAAGUGCUCAGUUUGGUGACUCUUUCCAGCAGGCACUGAUUCUCUGCCCCCCCACCAUACAAGGUAUUCCUCCCAACCCCAAUAAGCCAGCGGGCUUCUCAGUGCGCAGCCACUCUGCCAUUCAACCUCUCCAGAUUAGACCAGGCCUCAUUACACAGACGUGGACGAAUCGUGCUCAGCAGAUCCUGGUGCCCGCCUGGCCACAGGUGACCACAGUGGCCCCCUCUGCAGCGACACUGGCCUCAGAUACAGCGGCAGGUCCACAGAGAUUAUCAGACUGGGGGAAAGUUCAUUCACAUGGCAACCAUUACAGCUCGAUGAUGCCCCACCCCCAGCCACUGCUAACAAACCCGAUGACCCUGUCUGCUCACCAACCAAUCAGCAUUGGCAUAGCUCAUGUGGUGUGGCCACAGCCAGCAGCUAACAAGAGAAAUAAACCAUCUUCAAACAGAAGUACCAACUUCAUGCACAGCAUCAACUCCCACAACUCAGCAUGCCAGUCCCCAAAGAUGCUAGAGAGUGCCAAAAACACAGGGGAGGUGGAGGCAGGGUUGGAGGUGGGGCCAGAGGAGGAGUCUGUGUGCUGUAAGGCAGAAGCAGAGCGUCAGACGCAGAGACAGAGCAUUGUGAUUGCUGACUCUCCGAGCCCUGCGGCCAGCAUCAUCAGCAUCAGCAGCGGAACAGAUGAGGAGGGACCAGAUGCACAGAAACACUCGAUAGAAUGUAAGGGUAGUCCAGAGUGUGAGGCGUGUCAGAGCACACUGAAUAUGGAGCGAGUGUGUUCACUGAGCAGUCCAGACUCCACCCUCAGCACCAGCUCAUCUGCAUCAGAGCACUCCAGAGCUUCACCCCUCAAGAGACCCAACAGCAUGUCAGAUGAUGAGCGCGAGAGCGGCUGUGAUACGGUAGACGGCUCUCCCGCCUCCGUUUCCUCCAGCCGAGCGGACAGCCCCUUUCUGGAGAGCACGUUUAUUGAUGACAACGACCAGAACUCGAAAGCCGCAGAGACAGAGUCUGUCAAGCUGCCCGUCCGCACCAUGGUGGUGCCGCCCAUGAGGGUUCACAACAAUGAGCCCACUGGCCGCACAGAGCAAUCAUGUCCACCCAAAGUCCGCAGUGGUUCCAACAGACAGCUGCCCUACUCCACAUUACUGGUGAACCGGCAGCAGAAGAACGCGCCGGCUUUCCCGCACCUGCAGCCCCAUCAACAGCAGCUCACUUUUGGACAGGUCCAGCAUUAUGGCUCCUCCCACCAGGAGUGGAAUGGCAACUACAGCCACUGCCGGCCUCAGGCGUUCAUCCCGCCCACCGUACAUGGCCACACCUUUACGCUGCAGCAUGGCAGCCCCACCCACACCACGGUCCACCAUGGCGUCCAUACGCAUACCCAGCCCACUCUACUCUCCUACCCCCCUUCAGGGCCCUUGGUGACAAAUGGGCCCAUGGCCCACCUCUUGGCUUCACCCGGGGGCACGCGGAAUCACGUUUUUCAACCGGCCUAUGGCCUCUCCCAUCCGGCAGGUCACCUCAUGCACCAGGUCACGGUGGGGCUCAACCCCCGCCUCUUGGCCUCACCCACCCUCCACCCUCAGGGUCAAUUCAAGCCCCUCUUCCCCCCACACUCCUUCAUCGCAUCACCCGCGUACGCAGGUUUCCCCCUCAGUUCCACCAAACUAAACCAGUACCCAUUUGUCUGAGACGCGCUCCGCACACCUCUUGAGGCCAGAAGGGCAAUCAACUCCUACUUAGCAGACACCACCUGGUUUUUGUCCCCAAAGCCAUGGCACAAGAGAGAAAGCAAGCAUUUUUAUUUAAUUUUUUUGGGAAUCACGACAUAGACUUGAGUGCAAUUACACUGCUUGAGUGCUUUAAAAAUAAAGAAGAGGUGUUUGGAAAGUCUUGAGCAGGUAGGUUGUAGAAAGUCGAAGGUUGGAGAACGUACAGGAAUGAGAGAUUGGAUAAAUGAAUAGACAACUGUUUUGCACAUUUGAUACAUCACCCAAUUGGAUUUUCAGAUGAAUGCUCCUUUAAUGAACAUCAACACCGGAUGGUGUUCAAAAUCAUGUGAUGGUCAACUUAUUUUUAUAUAUAGCCUUUUACCUUGUAUAUGACGCAUCUUUCUUUGUAAAAGACCCAGUGACUUGUUCGAGACCGACAAGAUGUAUCCACUUGCUGUGUUUUUUUGCGUUCAAGUAUUUGUAUUUAUCGAUGUCUUUUGGUGUUUUUCGGAAUGGAGUCACAAAUGGGUCGUUCGUCAAGCGCUGCAUGAAUGUGUUGCAUGAGCUGCAAUGUCGCUCAGACAGAAGCCUAGAGGUGCUCUUAACACUUCAAGAGGCUUGAUGCAUCAUUGUCUCCAACCAUAGUGCCUUAUAUAUUGGCAGUCCAGUUCGUGUUACUACUACACUAUUUAUGUAUAUAAAAUGUGUUUGUGUAUGUACGUGUACUGGACUGCAGCACUUGCAAUUCGAAUCAGUCCGUGUGUGUGUGUGUGUGUGUGUGUGUGUGUGUGUGUGUGUGUGUGUAUAUAGUAUGGAUAUACACACAGGUGUGUUAUUUCAUGCAUAGAAAGGCAUCGAUGUACUGCAUUGCACAAACCGCAGUGCUUAUUUUUGGAUCCAAUAUAUAUUUGAGAUGUAGUAAGUUAGUUACUUUUCGUUACGUCAUCGGAGGAUGGCAUGCUUUUGCUGCAGCGAAUGCUUGCUGGUUUUAUUGUUGAUGAUUUAUUUUUAGUUACCUCGAAUUAAUGAGUUAUGUAAAGAAUUCAUCGAAUACUGAUGUCUGUUCAGAAGAAUUUCGUACUGCUAACAGUAUUUUUACUGUUUAGUUAAUCUGCAAUACAAUCUAAAUAUAGUUAUAAAUAUAAAAUAGAAAUAAAGUUAAAGUUCAGGCCAAAAAUCUAAUUCUAUCAUUAUUUAUUCGCUGUUAUGUUAGUUCAAACCUCCCUGACUUGAUAGAGGCCACCUCAGUCAUCAUUCACAUCUCCUUCUGCGUUCCACAGAAGACAGAAAGUUAUACAGUGGUGAGUAAAUGAUGACAGAAUUUCCAUUUUUGGGCAAAUUGUCCCUUUAAGGGUUUGUUUUCUUUUUGUCUGCGUAUUUAAAUUCUUGGGGUUUGUUUGUGUGACACAAAUGAAAAAAGGUCUUUGAUUCAGGGAUAUGGAUUCAUCUUAGCCUGAGCAGACCAUGCAGUAUUUGAUGUAAAGACACACAUAUGAGUAUAUAUAAUAUAGAGUUAGUUUAUUUAGUGCUUGAAAAGGUGUGUUAAUGGUGUGCAAACCUUUAUGCAUGUGUGAACUGUUUUUUUCCUCUUAAUUAUACCAUUAUAUUAGGUGCUGAAAGCUUGUUGGUGUCAACUGCAUUUCAUACAUUCCGUCAGGGAGAAAUAAAUAUAGGCGCUAUAGAUAAAUACAGUAUAUGCUGUGUGAUUUUUAGUUUGUUCUGCUUGGUUUGUGUGUUUUUUUGGUUUUUCAAAUGAAGUUGCUUUUUUUAUCACCAAAGACUGUAAUUUGUAGGCCCUGUUCUAAAACCUAGUGAGCUGCCUAUGUAGGAAGCGUUUUAAGGAUGCACAGGUCCACACAAAUUUGGAUGAAAGACCCUUGCAGAUGAUGAAAUUAAUGUCAAAUAUAAAACCUUGAGUAUACCUUGAGCUUAAAUAUACUUAUAUUUAAUUAAAUACUGAAAAGUAUUAGUUAAAAAGAAUGAUCUAAUUACAAAUUGACCAUUUUACCCCUUAUUUUGUGUGCCUACCUGGGAAGAUACUUUGAAACUGUAGCUUCCCAAGCUACAAGCUAAUUGUAGCUUAAAAUACUAAAACUUCAGUAAAGCUACUCUUUUAACCUCGCGAGACCCCGCGUUAAGUAUUAAUCAGACUGUGUUGAUUAAUACUUAAUAUACAACAAUAAAACUAGACAACACCAUAUUUUAUAUAACUGAAUCUAACUAUAGUGAUAAAUAGCAGCAUUUAAUGAAAUAUUUUGCUUUAAAUAAGACAAAGAUCUUUUAGGGCUGCGCAUGGGCUCAAGUGAAUCAUUUAUGUGACCAUCCGAAUGAACCGUUAUAUUUCAGCGCUUCCAACGCUAAAUAUAAGGGAAUCAUUUAUUGUAACCGGUUCAUUUACAUGAACUGUCUGAAACAACCGAUUCACUUAAAUGAUUUGGUUUAUCCAGCGCUACAUGAGAAAAAAGGACUGUUCAGGUGAAUGUGUUUGAUUACUCCCUCGACUCCACUGCUGCAUUCACAGUACAAUGUGACAAAUGUAGCAUUUUGUGACGCUUCAGUGCUACUUGUAGGAAGUUUUUGCUAGUUACAGGAAAAGCUAGUGAAAACUACUGAAAAAUGUAGUUAAGUUAGCAGCAUCGCUACCGUUAGUUAGUUACUCCCCAACAACGGUGUGUGAUAUGUAGUUGUAUGCUUAUGACUGGUAUCACGAUGUGAGCUUAGCAACAUGCAAACUCUAUUGGUGCUUUGUGUGUUGAGCACUAUUUGUGUCGCUCAAAUCUGUCACCUAUGUAGCGCGUUGCAAACUAGUUGCUCAGGUUCCAUUUCAGUUAUGAUACUCCCUUGGAAGUAAGCUGCCUAUGAAGACAUGCAGCUCACUAGGUUUUGGAGCAGCACCCUUUUCUGAGCAAGGUAGCUACUUUCUCUGCAUAGACCUCAUGUAUACUGUAACUAUAAUCAUGGGGUAAAUUUCAAAAACUUUAUUUAAAAAAAAUGCUGAUGUUAUGUUUAGCUUUUUGAAAAGUAAUAAGUCGUAUCAUCUAUCUUGAAUGUAUCAUAGACAAGCUGCUAUAUAUUGAUUGCCACUUCAGAUAGCUGUGAAAUUAGAUUAGACUAGUUCAUAUCUGCAUUCUUGUUUAUUUGUAUGGGUCUGUCUGAUUGUCUAAACUAGAAGUGGUUUUUGAUUUUCAGUUAUUUUUGCUCGUUUGGAGUGCCAUUUGUAACUACUGUAUUGCUGAUUAUGGACAUUUAGAUUUUCUUUUUAAUCAGUAUUGUAUCUUCAUUAACAAUUCUGACUUAUCACUGCAUUUUAAUGGAUGUAUCGUUGUAACUUAAUUUUUGUAUGUUUACCUGUUUACCUAUGUUUUGGCUUGUAGUAGUUUGCAGGCUUGAUUCUUAUCAAAGUAAUGUUUGUUAUUCAGAAAACCAUUUCUGCUGUGUUUUAGAAAUACAGAUAAUGAAAAUAUAUCAGUAUUUUGUCAAAUGCAAAUUUGAAUGAAUAAUUGAUAAUCCCAUAACCUUAUGCCACUGAGCACUUAAAACAAAAACAAUAGUGUGCAGUAACCAUGUGGCCAUGUUUGAAUACGAGAGUACAAUGUUGUGAUGAAAUUGUACAACAAAAUUAUUUUAUUAAUGUUUGUCAUUGAAAAUUGUGUUUAGAAUGUUUUUAACAAAUGAUCACUGAUGUCAACUGGUAUGUUAUGUCUUAAGUUCUGUAUUGUAUUUGAUUCGAACAGUGUAAGCAACACUGUGUGUGUGCCUUGAUUGGGGUAUUGGUAAUGAAACAGAUUCACUUUGCAAAACAAAAACUCUUCAGUUCACUCAUUGCCCGAUAUAACAGUAUAACUCCAUUGCAGGGAUCGAAAUAGUUAUAUACAUAUGUAUACAUACACAUUUUAAAGAGAUAAUAGCAAUAUCUUUCCCCCUCUCACACUAUGGAUUGCAUUCAAACGCCUAGUUAAUUAAUAAUGUGUAUAAUUAAUAUUAACUGGCUAAUUCUAAACAUGCAGUAAUUGUGUUUUACUGUAUUAGUGUAAACAUAUUUUGAUAAUCAAUUCCAAUCCUAAAGGACAGAAUGUAGUAUGUUGUGCACUAUAGGACAAGUUGCUGAACAUUUCUUGGUUAUUUAUUGGUUAUACAUGAUCCAGCCGUAACAAUAAUGUUCACGUUUUGAUCCCUGUGAAAUGGCAAUCACCAGCAUACCACAUCCAGUGUCAAUAUACAAAUGACUGUAACGCAAAACACAUUGGAUAUUUAUUGUCUGUUCAUAAUUUAAAUGAAAUGGAUGUUUUCUGUUCAACUCUUUUCUAAUAACUGCAUUCAAUAAAUAUGAACGCCACAG